CACUACUAUAUAACAAAUAAUUUGAGGUAUCAAGGAUGGCCAUGAAAGUCAUAUAUGAAUAAUGAUUGACCUAUUAACUGUAGAAGACAGCUUGGCUGAUAAGCCAUCAUUCAGAUGGGUUAUCGAAGAACAAGAGAAAGACAUCAAUGACUUAGAGGCUAUCUUAGAAAAGGUCUCAAAGGGCUGCAAGACAUUUUGUGACACUGGAAAGGCGUUCUGUGACAGUAUGGGUCCGUUCACGGAAGGUAUUUCUGAUUUAGCUGAGCAUUUCAAAGCUGAUGAAGAGAUCAAGGAUGCGUACACAACCUUUUCUGAACAUCUUGAAGAAAUCAAAUCGUUCUACUCGAUGCUGUUGGAACAAGCCAAGAGAAGCAUCCUGUCUUCAAUGAUCGAGGAAAUGAAAAAGAUGUUAAAAGAGGUGAAGCUCCACCGCAAAGCGUUCAAGGAGAAAAGUGACGAGCUUGACACGGCACUAAAUACUAACUCAGCCAAGAUCCCGAAGAAAAAGGAUGACACCAUUGACGCAAUAAAUAGUCUGGCGACACUAUCCUCCAUAAAAGUAGAGUUCCACCAUACUUCAGUGGACUACGUUCACGAGAUAAACAAACUACAACUAGGAAAACAAUUCCUGGUUACUGACAAGUUCCUACAUCUGAUGUACUCCUUCUACUCCUUCUUCCACCAGGGUUAUCUCACUCUGCAACAUAUCGACCCUUAUCUCAAGAAUCUCAAUGCACUGAUGCAGCAGAAACAAUCACAAAGGGAUGAAUCAUUAAAAAAACUGGAGAGUAGGCACAAGAAGGUGGCAGAGUUGAAGAGUAACAACUACGAUGGACUCAUGAUUACCCCGAAGGACGACUCCGUGCUAUUAGAAGGGUAUCUGUACAAGAGAAGUCACAACACUUUUAAAACCUGGAAACGGAGGUAUUUCAUGAUCAAAGAGAAUCAACUGCACUGUCAGAAAAGGAGUAAAGGCAGUAAGGAAGAAGACAACAAGAUCAUAUCAGAAGACUUGAGGAUAUCUCAAGUUAAAUCAACAGAGGAGCAAGAUAGGAGAUAUUGUUUCGAGCUUAUCAUGCCUACCAAGAAGAUAUUCCUUCAGGCUGAUUCCCAGAAAGUUAAAGAAGCGUGGAUCAAAAGUUUACAGUGCGGUAUCGAAGCAGCUAUACACAACACUACUUCCACUAAUGAAGUCUCUGCCGAGAAAUCUAAUGGAAUUCCGGACGAAAACAUGAAGUCUGGUAACAGUCCUGAGAUUUUACAGCUAUUGAGUGACAUUAAGACGAUGCCGGGAAAUGAAACAUGUGUGGACUGUGCCAGCAGGGAACCCGUAUGGGCUAGCAUCAAUCUCGGAGUUACGUUGUGUAUUGCGUGUUCUGGUAUACAUCGCAACUUGGGAGUGCACAUUAGUAAAGUCCGAUCAAUAGAACUCGACAUAUGGGAACAUGAACAAUGCUUGCUGAUGUUACGACUCGGAAACUCAAAGGUCAAUGCGAUCUACGAGCAUUCAAUAGUUGAACCCUACAGAAAACCCGGCGUAUCUUCCAAUUUGACAGAUAAUGAGUUGUGGAUACGAGCAAAGUACGACGACAAACUGUUUCUAGAAAACCGGGACUACGUUAAAGUGAGGUUGAAAAAGAGGCACCAAAGUGUUGCUGCUGGAUCAUAUAAGGCCACGUCCAUCAGCUACGACCCCGCCACGAUCACCACACAUCACUCGUCCCUGAAAGGUCGAGCAAAAAGGGACGGAGCAAUGCGGCCCCUCUCCAAGAUAUUCCAGAAUAUAAACCGCAAGAAGCGUGGUGGUAGUGACGGUGCUGCAUAUAUUGACACGGAGCAAGAUCCCGAUGAAGAUGGUCGUGCAUUGAGUCCGCAGUACGCGUUAUUAGGUACAGAGGAGCCUAACGGAGACGGCACGACACACACGGACACUUGUGUACCUGAUAACCUGCUAUCUAACGCAACUCUCUCCAGCUCCAGUCCUGAUCUCCUCACUGAUAACAAGGAUAUUGAAGAUGCUGAAGUUAGUCUCAACUUAAAUCUUAUCGGACCUCUAGCGUUAAAUAACAGUUUGUUUGUAAGCUGCAGGACGGCGGAUAUAGACUCUAUGUACAGGUAUAUCAGCGAGGGAGCAGAUAUUAACUUCAGAAACAGUACUUCUGGAGACAGUACCCCCUUGAUACAAGCUGUUCACUCGAACUCGAGAGAAGCAGUUCAGCUGUUACUGAUACACGGUGCAGACGUGAAUCAGAUAGACGAAAAGAGACAGACAGCGUUACAUCAUGCUACCAUAUUAGGACAUACAGACCUGGCAUGUUUACUGCUAAAGAAGGGGGCUGAUCAUCGCCGUGUUAACACCGACAACAAGGACGCUCUGGAUAUAGCUGUAGCAGAAGAACGAGCUAGUUUGGUGACAGUUCUCAGAUUUAUCAGAAUAAACGAUACUUCAGACCCUACCAGUCAGCAGCUUUUGAACGAGUUCUCGAAAAGACCAGCAAUCGAGAAUAAGAGAUAACGAUCAGUUUAAAUAAUGUACAUAACAUAAACCUGUUGGUACGUGCCUAAAGUCUAAACAUUGUUUAGAAGUUACUCAGUCGACCUCAUGCUAAGAGGCUGCAAGGGGACAGAAUACUUGGUAUCUCUGAGAAUUUCCUGCUUAUACUGAGAGUCGAUACGAAGUUAAAUGUUGAUUUAAGCGGCUGGUACGUUUUGAUAAAAGUUAGCGAAAGCUUUAAAAUAAAAUGUGAAUCACAGUGAUAUACAUUAUACAUACUUAUUUUAUUGAAAGUUUGUGUGAAUGAUGAUAUUUGAUCUAUGUUGGUUGUUUUUACAUAAUAUAUGCCAUCUGGGUGUUCACUGAGCUUGUUGAACCAAAAUGGAUGCAAAAUUGAUCUUUUGAAUAUUUCUGUUUUAGUUAAAAUGUUUUUAUUUAUUUUUUGAUUUCAGUGGUAUGGAUUGUCUUCAAUGUUACCUAUUGCUAUUUUCAGCACACUCUCAACAGUAUGGAUCAAUUUGAUUUUUGUUUGUUUUUGAAAGCAGAAUGAUGCUGCACCGUUAGAUUUUUAGUUAAUUUUCUUUUUAUUGAUUAGGCCAGUGCUACACAGUUGACAGUGCAUACCCCUUUCCUGUGCGCGCCGGCCGGCUUAAAGGCCGAAUGCCGGGGCGGCGGGGCACGCGCGAAAAGGGAAUGCAACGUGUGUCAAAUUAAGCUACAAGUACAACCUGCAGAUGAUUAUUAUAUUACUUUCCAAGCACUAAUAUAAUGGAGACCAUGUUAUUGGCAGAGUAACCUACAUAGUGCUGAGUGCACAACUGUUCAUCGACCUAGAUAAUAUGAUAAGUAUUUUAGUAUUCAAUUUGGAAUACUUCUCCACUAAGCUAUUGAUAACAUCAAUUUUAAAUCCUACAGAUUUGAUGUUCUUUGAUUUGAUAAUUUGAUUUUUAUUCUCUUAGUA